AUGACUGAGAGGUAUGUCCACCUGUCCCAGGAAGUCGUCCCGUGGCAAUCUGUUUUCAUCAAAUACUUCAGACAGGAGUCUGUGAUUAGACGGGUUUACUCUAAAAUAAAAUUCUUCAUUCCACUUUGGGUGCGAGCGAGGCGGAGCAGCCCCGCUCGGCGGGAGAGGAGGGAGGCGGCGGCCCGCCCCGAGCAGCAAAAGCCAUGUCGUCUUUCUUCCAACAAUACCCACAAGCCUGCCCCCCACACUGAGGAGAUAUCCGCCUCCCACCCAACCAAGGGUUGUGGUCUGCAGCAGCAGGAGAUAGUAACAAGAGGCUCCAUUGGAGCUGGAAGGACCUUCCUGAGAGCCCAGCGGGAGUCCCAGGAGGGCCCUUACAUGCAGUUGCUGUGCCACAGAGCUUGUGGAAUCAGUCAGGAGAUGGCAGGCAGGGCUCUGAAGCAGACCGGGAGCCGGAGCAUUGAAGCCGCUCUGGAGUACAUCAGCAAGAUGGGCUACCUGGACCCGAGGAACGAGCAGAUUGUGCGAGUCAUUAAGCAGACCUCGCCAGGAAAGGGCAUCACACCAGCCCCCGUGCCAAGGAGGCCAAGCUUUGAAGGAACAGGCGAGCCUUUCCCACCCUACCAUCAGAUGAGUGGGGCAGUCUACGAGGGCAGCAGCACGCUGGAGGAGGUACCUCGUCAGUAUAUGGACUUUCUUUUCACUGGAAGCACUCACAGCGUGCCUGGUGGCCAUCAGCACCAGCCCAAAGGCUAUGCCACAAACAUGGAGGCUGCAGGGAUGAACUUCCCAGUGGCCAGCCCCGGGGGCCAACCCCUCCCACUGCAAGGCCCCCACUACAGGCCACACGUGCUGGUACCUGGGGAGCCACUGGGCUAUGGCAUCCAGCGUAGCCCCUCCUUCCAAAACAAGGAGGCAGGAGCAUACGCAAACCUUGCUGCCAAGGGCCCAGCCGUGCAGCCGGGGGUCAGCCAUGCAUUUCCACCCACGGGAGGGGCCACAGGGCUGUACAUGCCCCACCCGCACCACAAACAGGCCCACCAAAUGCACAUGAUGGGCUCCCGGGGCCAGGUGUUCACAAGCGACAGCCCCCCGCAGAGUCUGAUCACACCCUCCAGAAACAGCCUCAACGUGGACCUUUAUGACAUGAGCAGCCCUCCUGUCCAGCAGUGGCAGUCCUCUACCCUGUCCCGCCGCGACUCCCUUCAGAAGCCGGGCCUGGAGGCACCCCCCCGCCAGCACGUGGCAUUCCUGCCUGAAGGCCCCAUCCCCAGCAGAACCAACUCUUUCAACAACCACCAGCAGCCAGUGGCCGUGCCCAUCCGAGCAGGAGUGCCCAGCAAGACGGAGCCUUCCAUGCCCUCCCCCAACACCAUCACGGCUGUGACGGCCGCCCACAUCCUGCACCCAGUGAAGAGUGUGAGGGUAAUGCGGCCCGAGCCCCAGACAGCUAUGGGGCCCUCCCAUCCAGCCUGGGUGCCUGCGCCCAGCCCAGGGGUGGAGAGUCUGGACUCCAAGGAUGAGCACCCUCUGCCCCUGGGGGGCGCCAGUGCAUACCCGCUGGACGUUGACUAUGGCAGCCCAGACCUGAGGUGCCCGUCAGAGCAGUAUGACAUGGACAGCCUGUGUGUGGGCAUGGAGCAGAGCCUCCGAGGCAGCCAGGCUGCCGAGCCUGCCGAGAGGAGUGACAAGAGCCACAAAAAUGCCAAAGGGGAGAAAGUGGGGAAGGAUAAAAAGCAGAUUCAGACCUCUCCUGUUCCUGUUCGGAAAAACAGCAGAGAUGAAGAGAAGAGGGAAUCUCGCAUCAAGAGCUACUCGCCGUAUGCGUUUAAGUUCUUCAUGGAGCAGCACGUGGAAAAUGUCAUAAAAACCUACCAGCAGAAGGUCAACCGGAGGUUGCAGCUAGAACAGGAAAUGGCAAAAGCUGGACUCUGUGAAGCUGAGCAGGAACAGAUGAGGAAGAUCCUCUACCAGAAGGAGUCUAAUUACAACAGGCUGAAGAGGGCCAAAAUGGACAAGUCCAUGUUCGUGAAAAUCAAAACCCUGGGGAUUGGUGCCUUUGGAGAAGUAUGCCUUGCUUGUAAGGUGGACACUCAUGCCCUGUAUGCCAUGAAGACGCUGAGGAAGAAGGAUGUCCUGAACCGAAAUCAGGUGGCUCAUGUCAAGGCUGAGAGGGACAUCCUGGCCGAGGCGGACAACGAGUGGGUGGUCAAACUCUACUACUCGUUCCAAGACAAGGACAGCCUGUACUUUGUGAUGGACUAUAUCCCAGGGGGAGACAUGAUGAGCCUGCUGAUCCGGAUGGAGGUCUUCCCUGAGCACCUGGCCCGCUUCUACAUCGCCGAGUUGACUCUGGCCAUUGAGAGUGUCCACAAGAUGGGCUUUAUCCACCGAGACAUUAAGCCAGACAACAUUUUGAUAGAUCUUGAUGGUCACAUCAAACUGACAGAUUUUGGCCUCUGCACCGGGUUCAGGUGGACUCACAAUUCCAAAUACUACUAGAAAGGGAGCCACAUCAGACAGGACAGCAUGGAACCCAGCGACCUCUGGGAUGACGUGUCUAAUUGUCGAUGUGGAGACAGGCUGAAGACUCUGGAGCAGAGAGCCAGGAAGCAGCACCAGAGGUGUCUGGCACACUCACUGGUUGGGACCCCAAAUUACAUUGCGCCGGAAGUGCUCCUCCGAAAAGGAUACACUCAGCUCUGUGACUGGUGGAGUGUUGGUGUGAUUCUCUUUGAGAUGCUGGUGGGGCAGCCGCCCUUUUUGGCCCCUACUCCCACAGAAACGCAACUGAAGGUCAUAAACUGGGAGAACACACUCCACAUUCCAGCCCAGGUCAAGCUGAGCCCCGAGGCCCGGGACCUCAUCACCAAAUUGUGCUGCGCAGCCGACCACCGGCUGGGAAGGAAUGGGGCCGACGACCUGAAGGCUCAUCCAUUCUUCGGGGCCAUUGAUUUCUCGAGUGACAUCCGGAAGCAGCCCACCCCCUAUGUCCCCAAGAUCAGCCACCCUAUGGACACCUCAAAUUUUGACCCUGUAGAUGAAGAAAGCCCUUGGAACGAUGCUAGUGAAGAUAGCACGAAGGCCUGGGACACACUCACCUCUCCAAAUAACAAACACCCUGAGCAUGCAUUUUAUGAGUUCACUUUCCGAAGGUUCUUUGAUGACAAUGGCUAUCCCUUUAGGUGCCCAAAGCCUUCAGGAGCAGAUGCUUCACAGGCUGAGGACUCUGAUUUGGAAAAUUCUGAUAUGGCGGAUCAGACUGAAGGUUGCCAGCCAGUGUACGUGUAGACAGUGACUUGGAGUCCCUGACACUCUGCUUCUUCAGAGGUCCAGGGGGCCCAAAGCUGGUUUCUUAACAGGCCUGAUUGAGAGUCGAGGUCUUCUUUGUUCAAGUUAGUCCAUUGGUUACUUCACUUGAAGUUCUGGUCUUCAUCAAAAACCCCCAAAACAAACAAAAAAAGCUUUUUUAUAAAGGACUCAAGUCUAGCAGAUUCUGGUUGAUGGGGGUGGGGGACAGGUGUCAACAUUGCGUUGAACUGAAAUUGGCUUUUGAGGACCUUCACUGCAUUAAAACAAUAUUUUUAAAAAUUUAGUACAGUUUAGAAAGAGCACUUAUUUUGUUUAUAGCCAUUUUUCUUACUAAAUUAUAGGGAUUAACUUUGACAAAUCAUGCUGCUGUUAUUUUCUACAUUUGUAUUUUAUCCAUAGCACUUACUCACAUUUAGGAAAAGAC